GCGAGAGUUGGUUACACGUUUAAAAGGCCGGUCACUUGCCGUGUUCGCAGUUUAAACGUCUUAUAUUCAGGGAUUUAAUCGAAAACUUGUCAAUAUACAGAAAACGGUCUUCUUUUACUUUGUGCCCCCAAAAAAUUAAUAAUUCCUCCAAAAAGUUGUGUUUUCCUACGUUAACCGACACUAAUGCCGGUAGUUAGCAUACUGCUGCUAGCUAAAUGCUAACGAAGGUACAACGUGAACCUACUGAGUGUAAAUGUAAUCUUUUAAUACAAGAACAACGAUGAAGUGCCAUUACGAAGUCCUGGGAGUCAAACGGGACGCAGACGACGAAGAUUUGAAGAAAGCAUAUCGUAAAUUAGCCCUGAAAUGGCAUCCUGAUAAGAAUUUGGAUAAAGCCGAGGAAGCAGCCGAGCACUUCAAGCUGAUUCAGGCAGCCUAUGAUGUCCUGGGUGACCCACAGGAGAGAGCAUGGUAUGACAAUCACAGGGAGGCUCUGCUGAAGGGCGGCCUGAGCGGCGACUACGAGGAUGACAGCAUCGACCUGUUGCAGUUCUUCACCGUCACCUGUUACUCAGGCUAUGGUGACGACGACAAGGGUUUCUAUGCAGUCUACAGGAAUCUGUUUGAGUCUAUCGUCAAGGAAGAGAUGGAGCACGGAAAAGUGGAAGCCGACGAUGAGGACGAGGAGUUUCCGUCCUUUGGGGAUUCUCAGAGUGACUACGAUACUGUGGUCCACGCCUUCUACGGCUACUGGCAGAGUUUCUGCACGCGCAAGAACUUUGCCUGGAAGGAGGAGUACGACACGCGGCAGGCAUCCAACCGUUGGGAGAAGCGUGCCAUGGAGAAGGAGAACAAGAAGACCCGGGACAAGGUGCGCAAGGAGCGCAACGAGCUGGUACGCCAGCUCGUGGCCUUCAUGCGCAAGCGCGACCGCCGCGUGCAGGCGCAUCGCAAGGAGGUGGAAGAGCGCAACGCAGAGAAGAGCAAGAGGGCGCAGGAGCUCAGGCGCAAGCAGAAGCUCAGUCAGGCCAAGAUGGCGGAGGAGUACAAGGAGCAAAGCUGGGCGGCCCUAUCGGAGCUGGAGAAGGAGCUGCAGCAAAUGGAGGCUCAGUACGGGGAGGAGUUUGGAGAUGCUUCCGAGAGUGAGGACGAAGAGCUGGAAACACAACAGAAGACUGUUGAGGAGCGAUUAGGUCCUGAUGUAGACCAGGUAGAUCCAGAUGAUAUCAACUUUGCUUAUUAUGAUGAUCUCUACUGCCCAGCCUGCGACAAGUCCUUCAAAUCGGACAAAGCGAUGAGCAAUCACGAGAAGUCCAGAAAGCAUAAAGAGAUGGUCGCGUUGCUACGGGAACAGCUUAAAGACGAUGACUCACUCGCUCUGACCCUGGACCACCAAGAGGUUGCCGAGCAGGAAAACAAACACAUAGCGGACCAAGAUGGAGAGGAGGAGGAGGAGGAGGAAGAUCGACCAAGACAAAAAUUGUCCAAAAAGCAGAAGAAAAAGAAGCGGCAGCAGAAAGCAGCCAAUAGCACUCCAGUGGAGGAGCAUGAAGAAGUAGAGGUGACGUCAACCACAGAUGGUAAGCAUGUCCCUGAAGAUGUCUGUGAAGAGGUUCCUGGAGAUGUUCCAGAGGAGUUGUUGGGCCCUACGGAAACCAAGAUGGAGGACCAUCUUCCUCCCGUUGAAUCCAAGAGUUCUGUGAAGACCAAAGCCAAAAAGCCAAGUGGAAAAGAUAAACCAAAGAACAGCAAGGCACAUUCGGGAGCGGAACAAUUUCCUGAGAAAAUGGUAACGCUGCGCUGCGUGACGUGUAAUGACGAGUUCUCCACCAGGAACAAGCUCUUUGACCACCUCAAAUCCAGCGGCCACGCCUCCGUGCUCUCCUCCAAUCCCGCACAGGCAGCCUCAGCCAGCCGGAGCAAGAAAGACAAACGAAAGAACAGAUGACAACACUUUUGUUGGACUCCAAUACAAGUGGACUGGCCCAGUCAGGCAAGGAAGCCUUCCCAGGACUGGUCAGGAAUGAGCUGAAUUAAUAAUGUGUUCAAAGUAGCUGUUCUUCUUGGACAUCAUCAUGCACAGCAUGCCUUGCAUUGCAGUUCACUUCCUUUUGUCAACUCAACUUGUCAAAAAAUAAAUACAAAUGACUUGUAAUAUAUUAAUAUAUAAUUGUAACAAUUUAUAUUUAUGUAUAUAUACAUACAUGCAUAUUAAUGUAUAUAUACUGUGCAUACAAGUUCACACACACACACACAUUAAUGUAUAUAUACUGUGCAUACAUGUUCUCAGACACACACACCCAUAUAUAUGAUAGAAAAUGAAUGUAAACAUAUUUAUUGAUAAAUAUAAGAUUAUAUCUUUAAACAAAUUACACAAUACAAUAGUUCAGCCACCUGUACUAUCUGUGAGCAAAUUGUAGUUUUGAUAUAUUUUUUAAAAUGCCUAUACAUUAUUUGUUUCUGUUUUGAUAUGAUAGGCCUCAGUUUCAGACUGGUAGCUUUCUAGUUGUUGUCACCUCAUGAAGUAAAACAUUCUCUGAAGAAAACUGGUGCAUAUCCUGGUUUAGGCUCAAGGUCAAGACACUUAUCAGUGUUUUAUAAUAGAGUGUCUGGUAUAAUUUUAAGGCAUAUUAUAGCAUUUUAGAAGCUUUUAUUCAAGACGUUCACUUGUGAAGCUCUCAAAUAUAUAGGUCACUGGAGCUCUUCAAACCAUUAAAAACAGACUAUUUAGAAGGGGAAAAAAUCACCUCUACUAUGGACUUUAUUUACACUCUGUGGCAUCAAGUAAUAUGAGAGACAAAAAAAAUAGAAUAAAAACUGGAAUCCUCACAGGACUGAUUUCGGAAAUGUUUACUUUAUAGAAUGUCAUUGUUUGGAUUUGUAGCCUAAAAUAAGGUCAAAAUCUGAGUCCUUACUCCUUGCAUGUUGAAUAGGUCCCUUAGGCUACCUAAACU